GGAGAUGAUUGCAGGUGACACGAAAUGCCUGUGUAGUAUCUUCAACAAUACAGAGCUUUUGAAGAAAUUCGAAGUUACACAAGAAGAUCUUUUGAAGCUUCCAAAGGGUUGUGGACUCAGCGUUGAUAUUGCUCUGUGUAACAAAGGUACUGAUGGCAACUCUACUGACACGAAAAAUUCAGUAAAUGGACUCUCUCCUUUCAGUGGACUUGGUUUUAUUGCUACAUUUGUAGCUCUUUUGUCAGCAUUAAUCUAGGUUCAUUAGUUCUUAUAAAUUAAA